UUGCUCGAGUUACUGUGCUUUUUGUGAAGAUGGUGCGGAAGAUAGUCUAAUUGUCCCAAUAGCAUUCAGUGUUGGCAACAGAUUGGUCUCUAGCUUAUUAUACAACAGAAUGAUAGAUUAUUUCCAACCGUUUUCACAAUUCUGCAGCACUUAACCGAGGAGCAAGUUUCUAGUGUUGUGGCUAUGCUUUGGAAUAUUUAGCAAAGAAAUAACAAAGUUUGAAACAAUUUGUUGGAGCCUGUUUCGUUGGUGUGUGUGUGAGACUGUGGCAGCAACACGCUGGUAGAGUGGCAGCAGGCGCAAACAGGCCUAUAGUUACCGUCGACAGAGAUCAUAAAACAGAAAUGCUCCUGCAGGCUCUACUUUAUCCACUUGGACCAAACCUCAAACAGGUACUUUUAAAUUGCAAUGUUGACGACGCUUCAUUCUCCACGCAGCAAAACAAAGUCGGUAUUGGUAUUUGUAUCUAAGACGAUCGGGGUCAUUUUGUUCUCGCAAAAAUUGAUUGGUUUUCCCUUUCUGGAUGUUGACAGCCACAAAAAAGUGGGUAUUGGUAUUUCAUAUUCCAAUUUCUCUGAUUAGUGUUGUUGAUUGUUGUUUACGCGACGAAAGACACCGAAAAAUCAAAUAGUCUUUGAUUCGGAGAUUCAUCAGAACAACAACAAAGCAAGGAAAAUUAAACAACUAGCCAAGCAAAAGGACCAACAAGAAGGAACAUUUGUGGCUUUUCGACCAAGUGUGUCACCUUGAAACCAUUAUUUCCAACUUGUCACAUUUUGAAAAUUAUAUCCCGAGUGUCACACUUUGAUUCUUUUGAAAAUUAUAUUCCCAAAUGUCACACUUUGAUUAAUCUUGAAUUUUUUUAAAACAAGAUCGGUCAAAGUGUGACAUGAAAAUAAUUUUCAAAAGAUGGCAAGUUGGGAAUAUUGAUUUCAAAAAAUGACACUUGGGUCAAAAAACCAACACUAAAUGAGGCUCCACGCUUAUGAAGGAUACAUAUCCUCUCCAACCAUUUAUCUCAUGUUUCUCAUUUCGCGUUGAUUUUAGCCGUUGAUCCACCAAUUGAUAUCUUUAAACUUAGAUGAGUAGCUAAAAUGUCAAACUUAAAAGGACCAGGAUUCCAUUUUUAUUUUUCUUUCUUUCAAUACAAACCAUAAAUAAAAAAAAGGAGCAUUUGAAUCAGAUUCAGCAAUAGAAAAAGGUACAGAGAAAGAAUCUAAAGAAAGAAGGGACACGUACAGUAAUACCGGUUCCAAUGUCGGGUUCCGGAACUCUAAGCCCAUUAAAUAUAACCCGGCCCGGCCCGUGAAGUGAGUAACACCAACAACGAAAACAAACAAACAAAGAUCCUUAAUUCUUUCUUCUACUAACACUGGUCAGUGUGUCACACAGUCGCCGCGCCGCGCCGCCGCACUAACUCUCUCUUUCUCCGUUCCUCUCACCCGUUUCCCAUCGCCGUCCGCCACCUCCGACAAAGAACCCAUUGUUCAAGCUUCGCCACUGUUACUUUUUCGUUACUCUGCGCCCACCCUUUCUUUAAAAGAGCUUCCCAAUACUUGAUCGAGUAUAUGGCUGCUCCUGGAGAAAUUGGGGUAUCUGAAUUCCUUCAGGGUACAUGUAGACAAACAUUGUUUUUGGCAAAGAAGCCUGAAAAACAUAGAAGCCAAUUGCUUUGGGGUACCCUUUGUAAUAGGGGUCGUGUUUCGACUCGUUCAACCCGUAAGUCAUUGCGUUUGAGGUGUCAAGCUCAAGAAAAUCCAAGAGUUGUGGUUACUGGGAGUGUUGCAGGUUCAGUAGAACAACAAUCUGGCUUGAUUGAGAAGCCUUCUGCGGAAGUUAUUCAUUUGUACCGUGUACCGUUUAUCCAAGAAAGUGCAGCUGCUGAGAUUUUAAAGGAAGCUCAAGCGAAAAUCUCUAAUCAGAUAGUGGACUUAAAGACUGAGCAAUGCUUUAAUGUUGGUCUUGGUUCACAACUUUCGAGCGAAAAGCUUUCGGUUCUUAGAUGGCUUCUUUCAGAAACAUUUGAACCCGAGAAUUUGGGAACUGAGAGCUUUCUUGAGAAGAAGAGUAAGGAGGGUUUGGAGAAAGUUAUUGUAGAGGUUGGUCCCAGGUUAUCUUUUACCACAGCUUGGUCUGCGAAUGCUGUGUCAAUUUGCCAAGCAUGUGGUUUGACGGAAGUUAAUCGUUUGGAACGGUCAAGGAGGUAUUUGUUGUACACAAAUGGUGAAUUACAAGAACAUCAAAUUAGUGAAUUUGCAGCUAUGGUGCAUGAUAGGAUGACUGAAUGUGUUUAUACUCAGAAGCUAACAUCCUUCGAGACCAGUGUAGUUCCGGAAGAUUAUUAUUAUAUACCUGUAAUGGAGAAAGGGCGGAAGGCAUUGGAAGAGAUUAAUCUGGAGAUGGGUUUUGCUUUUGAUGAACAGGAUUUGGAAUACUACACCAAACUUUUCAGAGAAGACAUUAAGCGUGAUCCAACUAAUGUUGAAUUGUUUGAUAUUGCUCAGUCCAACAGUGAACAUAGCAGGCACUGGUUUUUUACCGGAAAGAUCUUUAUUGACGGACAACCUAUGAAUAGGACUCUUAUGCAAAUUGUCAAAAGCACGUUACAGGCAAAUCUGAAUAACUCAGUUAUUGGCUUUAAGGAUAACUCAAGUGCAAUUAGGGGUUUUCAAGUGAAGCCGUUGCGACCAGUUCAGCCUGGUUCAACAAGCCCGUUAAACUUGACAGAACGCGACAUGGAUAUCUUAUUUACAGCUGAAACGCAUAACUUUCCAUGUGCUGUGGCACCUUAUCCUGGUGCAGAGACAGGUGCUGGAGGUCGAAUUAGGGAUACACAUGCAACAGGAAGGGGUUCGUUUGUCCAAGCAGCUACAGCUGGUUAUUGUGUUGGAAAUCUCAACACAUCAGGGUUAUAUGCUCCGUGGGAAGAUCCGUCAUUUACUUACCCGUCAAAUUUGGCACCGCCGUUGCAGAUUCUUAUAGAUGCAAGUAAUGGUGCAUCUGACUACGGCAACAAAUUUGGAGAGCCGUUGAUCCAAGGUUUCUGUAGAACUUUUGGAAUGAGACUUCCUAGUGGGGAUAGACGGGAAUGGUUGAAGCCGAUCAUGUUUAGUGCAGGAAUUGGGCAGAUUGACCACCAUCAUAUAACAAAAGGAGAGCCUGACAUUGGAAUGCUGGUUGUUAAAAUUGGAGGUCCCGCUUAUCGUAUUGGGAUGGGAGGUGGCGCAGCCUCGAGCAUGGUUAGUGGGCAGAAUGAUGCAGAGCUUGAUUUCAAUGCCGUGCAACGUGGGGAUGCUGAGAUGGCACAAAAACUGUACCGUCUUGUUCGUGCCUGUAUUGAGUUGGGGGAUAAAAAUCCAAUUGUGAGUAUUCAUGAUCAAGGUGCUGGUGGGAACUGUAAUGUUGUGAAGGAAAUUAUUUACCCCAAGGGUGCUGAGAUUGAUGUCCGAUCAAUUGUGGUUGGUGAUCAUACAAUGUCUGUUCUAGAGAUUUGGGGUGCAGAGUAUCAGGAGCAAGAUGCAAUCUUGGUGAAGCCCGAAAGUCACGAGCUCUUAAAAUCAAUCUGUAAAAGGGAAAGGGUUUCAAUGGCCGUGAUUGGAACUAUUAGUGGCGAUGGACGAGUUGUGUUAGUUGAUGGUUUAGCAACUCAGAAGUGUCUCUCAAAUGGACUCCCUCCACCUCCCCCUGCCGUGGAUCUUGAACUUGAGAAGGUCCUUGGUGACAUGCCUCAAAAAUCAUUUGAAUUUAAUCGAAUUGUUUAUGAGCGAGAGCCGCUUGAUAUUGCCCCUGGGGUUACAGUCAUAGAUUCUCUAAAGAGGGUAUUGAGAUUACCAUCGGUCUGUUCAAAACGCUUCUUGACAACAAAAGUCGAUAGGUGUGUUACCGGUCUAGUGGCACAACAGCAAACUGUUGGCCCUUUGCAAAUUCCCCUAGCUGAUGUCGCUGUUACCGCUCAGACUUUUACUGACUUGACUGGAGGUGCGUGCGCCAUUGGGGAACAACCAAUCAAAGGUCUGCUAGACCCAAAGGCGAUGGCUCGGUUAGCUGUUGGAGAAGCACUCACCAAUCUUGUAUGGGCAAAGGUGACUUCACUUUCUGAUGUCAAGGCAAGUGGCAAUUGGAUGUACGCUGCCAAGCUUGACGGGGAAGGGGCUGCCAUGUAUGAUGCUGCUAUAUCUUUGUCGGAAGCAAUGAUUGAACUUGGUAUUGCUAUUGAUGGAGGAAAAGACAGCCUUUCUAUGGCAGCCCGUUCUGGAAGCGAAGUUGUCAAGGCUCCUGGAAAUCUUGUAAUCAGUGUUUAUGUUACUUGUCCUGAUAUUACAAAAACUGUGACUCCAGAUUUGAAACUUGAAGAUGACGGUGUUUUGCUUCAUAUUGAUUUGUCAAAGGGAAAGCGGCGAUUAGGUGGAUCUGCUCUUGCACAAGCAUUUGACCAAGUUGGAGAUGACUGUCCUGAUCUUGAUGAUAUUCCUUAUCUUAAAAAGGUCUUUGAAGGUGUUCAAGAGCUUCUUACUGAGGAACUGAUCUCCGCUGGUCAUGAUAUCAGUGACGGUGGGCUCCUAACUUGUGCCUUAGAGAUGGCAUUUGCCGGUAACCGUGGACUUAUUUUGAACUUGAAUUCACAAGGUAAUAGCCUUUUCCAAACACUAUAUGCAGAAGAGCUUGGGUUAGUUCUUGAGGUAAGCAAGAAAAAUUUGGGUAUUGUGAUGGAUAAAUUGAACAAUGUGGGAGUUUUGGCUGAAACCAUCGGUCAAGUUACUGCCACUCCAUCGAUCGAAGUUAAGGUUGAUGGGGUGACUUAUUUGGAAGAAAAAACUAGUCUUCUUAGGGACAUGUGGGAAGAUACUAGUUUUCAGCUGGAAAAAUUCCAAAGGUUGGCUUCUUGUGUGGAUAUGGAGAGAGAAGGUCUUAAAAAUCGUUACGAACCUUCAUGGGAACUGACUUAUACUCCUUCUUUCACCGAUGAUAAGUACAUGUCUGCUGCUUUAAAACCUAAAGUAGCUGUGAUAAGAGAAGAAGGGAGCAACGGAGACAGAGAAAUGGCUGCAGCGUUUCAUGCUGCUGGUUUUGAACCAUGGGAUGUUACUAUGUCAGACCUUCUUAAUGGUGUGGUCUCUUUGCAAGAGUUCCGUGGAAUUGUGUUUGUUGGUGGGUUUAGCUACGCCGAUGUGCUUGAUUCUGCAAAAGGUUGGUCUGCUUCUAUAAGAUUCAACGAGUCGGUUUUAAAACAAUUUCAAGAGUUUUACAAGCGUCCCGACACUUUCAGUCUAGGCGUAUGCAAUGGUUGUCAGCUCAUGGCUUUGUUAGGAUGGGUACCAGGACCUCGAGUUGGGGGUGUGCAUGGUGCUGGUGGCGACCUGUCACAGCCUAGGUUCAUUCACAAUGAGUCCGGGCGAUUCGAAUGCCGCUUUACAAAUGUUACAAUAAAGGACUCACCGGCUAUAAUGUUCAAAGGUAUGUCUGGUAGUACAAUGGGGAUAUGGACUGCUCAUGGUGAAGGAAGAGCGUAUUUCCCAGAUGAAGGUGUGCUGGAACGCGUUGUUCAUUCAGAGUUAGCUCCUGUAAGAUAUUGUGAUGAUGCUGGUAAUCCAACAGAGACAUAUCCUUUCAAUGUAAAUGGCUCUCCUUUAGGAGUAGCGGCUAUUUGUUCUCCGGAUGGAAGACAUCUUGCAAUGAUGCCUCAUCCAGAGCGUUGCUUCUUAAUGUGGCAGUAUCCAUGGUAUCCAAAGCUGUGGAAUGUUGAUAAGAAGGGUCCUAGUCCUUGGUUGCGCAUGUUCCAGAAUGCUAGAGAUUGGUGUUCACAAGAUGAAAUAUGAGGAAUAAGAUAUCCUCAACGCUCACUGUUUGCUGGCAAGGAAAACCAGGCACUCGUCUGAAGGAGAAGCUGUGUCUCUUUCGAAGACCUAAAUGCCAUCCUUUAUUCUUCGGUCCAAAUAUCAAUUCAACAGAAGCUUCAUUUUGUUUUUGCUGCAUUCUUUUCUUAGUACUUGUGGAUUGCAUAGAAUUGUUCUUUCUUAAUCUACAUUGUUAGUGUGUUAGCUAUAGUCUAAGAAAAUGUAUUGGCAGAGAAAUAGGAAUUGGAAUAGCAGCAAACAGACUUGUUGACUGGUUUUUUGCAGGAAAGGGAGGGAGUGAUAGUCGGAGUUUGCUGGUAUAAUGCAGCCAGCGAUAAAUAAUACUCCGACAGUUUUACGUUUUUGAUGAAUUUGAAGCAUUUUCUUAUUAUCAUUACGACAUAAUGUAAUGUGCUUGAAAAUUCUGUUUGUUUCUUUAUCUUAUGUGAUUUCAACAAAUCUUAGAGUAUUUGAUUAUUUGGACUGUCAUGAAUAGAAACUUUGGACUGUCAUCAAUAGAAACAUGA